AUGGCCUCAUCAAGGAUCUUCAUCAAGGGUUUGCCACCCAACAUCUCCGAGGCCGAGUUCCGGAAGCACUUCUCCGCCAAGGGUCGCGAGAUUACCGAUGUCAAGCUGAUUCCUCAGCGACGUAUUGGCUAUGUCGGCUACAAGACCUCGGACGAUGCGACCAAGGCAGUCAAGUACUUCAACAAGUCUUACAUUCGUAUGUCCAAGAUCGCCGUUGAGACAGCUAGACCUAUCUCAGACCCCUCCCUACUCAAAGGCCAGAACACUUCGCAUUCCAAACAUGCGUCGGCAGGCACAGGCACAGGCACCAUCACCAAGGGCACGGAGCAUCCGAUCGUGAAGGACUCGGACGCGAGCUCGAGGAAGCGCAAGCGAGAUGAGCCUCAGGCGGCGGAUCCCAAGCUGCGCGAGUUCCUCCAGGUCAUGAAGACCGGCGGAGAGGGCGCGUUGGAAGAUGCUACCAACGCCCACCAGGCUGACGGCGCCUCUGCGAUACCAGCCGCUGCCGUUCCCGAGGAGGAUAGUGACGACGAGUACGAGCAGAUCCCGACUCGAAGGGAGAAGCAGCGCAGGAUAGAGGCACCGGAGAAGCCCCCAACCUCGGAAUCUCUAGCACCGCAGACAGCCGAGUCAUCAGAGACCAAACAACCAUAUCUGGAACAUUCGGCAGUAGUUGCAGAAGAUGACGACUGGCUGCGUUCACGUACCAACAGGUUGCUGGACCUUGUUGAUCCCGAUGAUCUGGAACGAACGCCUACGCAAGGGCCUGUCGUCAAAGAGACUGGUCAUGCCGAGGGAGGCGAAGUCGUCAACAGUCCCCAGGCCAACCCCUCGGAUGAGGAUGAGAUGACAGCUGAAGACCAGCCUGUCGAGCCAUCGGGGGGUGAGCCACCGAAAGACGACUCACUUGAGGCGAUCCGCCGAACGUCUCGGCUCUUUGUCCGGAACCUCCCCUAUAGUGCCACCGAGGAGGAUCUCCGCGAGACCUUUGAAGGGUUUGGCACACUUGAAGAGGUCCAUCUACCCGCCAACAAGUCAGGUACCAGCAAGGGGUUUGCCCUGGUGUUGUUCAGUGACCCCUCGGGAGCGGUUGAAGCAUUCCAAGCCAUGGAUGGGGCGACGUUUCAGGGGCGUAUCCUCCACAUCAUUCCUGCCAGCGCAAAGAGAGACACAGGCUUGGACGAGUUUGCCAUCUCCAAGCUCCCUCUCAAGAAGCAGAACAUGAUUCGGAAGAAACAAGAGGCAUCUGCCAGCACCUUCAACUGGAAUGCGCUUUACAUGAGCCAGGACGCCGUCAACGCGUCGGUCGCAGACCGUCUUGGUGUUUCAAAAUCAGAGAUGCUCGACCCUACCUCUGCUGAUGCGGCCGUCAAGCAGGCUAUCGCAGAGACGAGCGUCAUCCAAGAGACCAAAGCCUAUUUCGCCGCUAACGGGGUGGACCUCGAGGCCUUCAAGUCAAAGAAGCGGGGCGACACGGCCAUCUUGGUCAAGAACUUCCCAUAUGGGACGACGAUCGACGAGCUCCGUAAGCUGUUUGAGGAGUCUGGGCCCGUGCUGAGAGUUUUGAUGCCUCCUAGCGGAACAAUCGCCAUUGUGCAGUUCACGCAGCCUAAUCACGCCAAGUCCGCUUUUGGGAAGCUUGCGUAUCGCCGGAUUGGAGAUAGCGUCCUCUUCCUGGAGAAGGCGCCAAGUGACAUCUUCAGAGGCGGCGACCAACUGGAUCAAGCCGUGUCCCUAAAGGAUCGUCCGGCUCCGACGGUCCAAAACCUUAGUGUGAACGACCUGCUGUCACGCGGUGAUAAGCCGGAGGACGACGUGGAUACGACGUCGCUUUUUGUGCGGAAUUUAAACUUUACGACGUCGACCACCAGGCUUGCCGAAGCUUUUCAGUCCCUCGACGGAUUCGUCUCGGCCAGGGUCAAGACCAAGAUGGAUCCCAAGAAGCCAGGCCAGACGCUUAGCAUGGGGUUCGGCUUUGUCGAGUUCCGGACAAAGGGCCAAGCGCAGGCUGCACUCAAAGUCAUGGACGGCCAUGUUCUGGACGAUCACGCGCUUGCCGUCAAGGCAUCGCACAAGGGGCAUGACGCAGCUGAAGAGAGACGGCGAGAAGACAAGGCCAAGAGGGCCGCAGGACAGCGUACAAAGAUCAUCAUCAAGAACUUGCCUUUCCAAGCCACCAAGAAGGACAUCAGGUCCCUGUUUGGGACGUACGGCCAGCUCAGAUCGGUACGCCUUCCUAAGAAGGCUGACUAUACCCCAAGGGGUUUUGCCUUUGCCGACUUUGUCACUCCCCGCGAAGCCGAGAACGCGCUAAAUGCGUUGAGGGACACCCACUUACUUGGUCGCAAGCUUGUCUUGGACUUUGCGGAGGCAGAGGCAGUCGACGCCGAGGAGGAGAUCGCAAAGAUGCAGAAGAAGGUAGGGGGCCAGGUGAACAAGGUCGCCCUCCAGCAGUUGACUGGACGAGGGAGGACGCGGGUCAAUAUUGGCAAUGAGAACGACGAGAUGGAGGGUUGA